GACUUGCGCGCUCUCGACUAUGUGUCGGCAUACGACAGCAACCUCAUGUGUCCCAUCUGUCGGAGCGCCUUUGUCGACCCUGUGGUCAUUGCCGACUGUGACCACCACUUCUGCCGCGACUGUCUCGAUCACACAACUAGUUGGAACCAGUACUCAGGCACCUGUCCAACCUGUCGCCGGCCUGGAAGAUUGAUCGGCUCAGGCUCAGCCUCGAAACUCCUGCUCAACAUCCUAGACGAUCUCGUUGUAAAGUGCCCAAAUCAGGCCGAGGGAUGCGACAGACAAGUCAAGCGAGGCCACCUGGUCGACCACAUGCACAUAUACUGCGACUACACCAUGAUCGACUGCCCUCAAGAUGACUGCGACAACAAGACACAGCGAAAGGACGCUGGACAUUGUGCGCAUCAACCUGCAUCCUGCCUUGCCUGUCGCCAGCCCAUGGCAGUCCAAGACCUUGAUGCACAUUGGCAGACAGAAUGCGCCGACCACGAUGUUGCAUGUCCCUCAUGCGCCGCCUCGAUCCCGUACCGCUACCAACAGACACAUAUCGCCCAUCACUGCCCGGAGACAAAUGCCGCCUGUCCCGCUCGUCCAGUCGGCUGUCCCUUCAGUACCAAGCGCAAGAAUCUAGCCAGCCAUGCCAUCAUGUGCUCCCUCGCCAAACUCGCUCCAUACCUCACUGCUCAGCAGCAGCGUCAAGACGAACAGGAUCAAGCUACCCAGCUGCUUGAGAAGAAACUGCAAAGCCUACAGCAAGACAUGGAAGAGUACAGGAGCACACCACAACCGGAAAAGAGAACGCCUGCUCGACGCGAAGAGCCCUCAUACUUCCAAAACAACCUCGCAGACUUUGAGCUGGCAGACUUUGAGGAAUUCCAACCUCACGCAUCGCCAACGCAGCAUCUGCUCUCUCUGCAUGAGAACUUGCGUGAAGAAGUCUCGCGUCAGGCAAACACGAUUCACGAGGUCGACACCAGGCUCAGCAUGAUGCUGCUCAACGAAAACAUGCGUCUCAAGGACGAGUUGGCCUACCAGGGCGCUCAGCUUAGCGCUCUCAUGCGACAGGUCGGCUGGCUCACAAACGCACGCCUGCAG